UUCAUCUACGCUUCCGCUUUGUUUCGUCUCUCUCUUUUUCACCGUUUAAACCUCCCACCCCCGUUCUCGUCCCUUCCUUUCUUUCCCUUUGCCUUUCCCCCCACCUCCCUUCCAAAAGUCUCUCUCUCUCCUCCCUUUCCAGCAACCGGAGAAAAGCAGAGAGAGGCCGGUGGUACGGUUUUCCGUGUGGUGCGGUGUCUAGUCGUCGUGUAGACUGAUUUUAGAAAGAGACGGAGAGAUAGAUAGACAGAGAGUGGCUUUUCAGCAAACGUAACAGCAACGACACGGCCGAAGCUCCCAUAGAAAUCUCAGAUCUCUCGCUGCCUUCACCGUAUCCGCCUCCCUAUCCCGCCGGAAAUGGCGCAGAAAACUCUGAUCUACUCCUUCGUCUCCCGCGGGACUGUGGUUCUCGCCGAGUACACCGAAUUCAGCGGCAAUUUCAACUCCAUAGCCUUCCAGUGCCUCCAGAAACUCCCCGCUACCAACAACAAGUUCACCUACAACUGCGACGGCCACACUUUCAACUAUCUCGUCGAUAAUGGCUACACGUACUGUGUCGUUGCCGAUGAAUCAGCUGGAAGGCAGGUCCCCAUGGCUUUUCUGGAGCGUAUCAAGGAAGAUUUCAUGUCCAAAUAUGGUGGCGGGAAGGCUUCAACUGCUGCUGCCAAUAGCCUGAACAAGGAAUUUGGGCCGAAACUGAAAGAGCAUAUGCAGUACUGUGUGGAUCAUCCUGAAGAGAUAAGCAAGCUUGCAAAGGUUAAAGCUCAGGUUUCAGAAGUGAAAGGAGUUAUGAUGGAGAACAUUGAAAAGGUCUUGGACAGGGGAGAAAAGAUAGAACUUCUGGUGGACAAAACUGAGAAUCUCCAUCAGCAGGUGAGUGGUACACUGAUACUCUACUACUACAUAGCAGUUUGUUCCUAAGGCUUCUACGGUACUUCCAUUUUACAUAUGGAAAAAUGUUAGCUUCAUAUGUUCACAAGACUCAAUGCUGUCAAUAUAUGCAACUUAUUGAGCCUGCAUGAUACAUACACUGGCUCUGGGAUAUGAAUGUCACAAGUAACUCUGCUUGCUUUGUUGGUGGUGGGAUGUGUGUUUGUGGUAUUUGUUUUUAAGUACAGAAUCACCCCAGGGUUCUCAAUUCUUAUUCUAAUAUAUGCGACAAAAUUUUGUACUUGCAGGCUCAAGACUUCCGAUCGACUGGAACGAAAAUCAGGAGAAAGAUGUGGCUGCAGAAUAUGAAGAUCAAGCUCAUUGUUCUGGGUAUCCUCGUCGCAUUGAUCCUCAUCAUCGUACUCUCAGUCUGCAGAGGUUUCAAAUGUGGGGAAAAAUAAAAAUGUGGAGUUGAUGGAUUCGGAGACCCGUUUUCAUUCGUUGUCAUCCUUGCUUUGGGUGGUGAGAGCUAUUAUUAAAGACGUACUACUACGAAAUAUAUUUUGUUGUCACCUUUUUUGUCUAGUAAGAGUUUUAGAAGUUUUCGUGAAAUUGCAUAGGAGGAUGAACUUUGUGCCUGUGAAUGAAAUCCGUGUAAUCUACUAUGUCUGUCCUCUACAUAUAUUGAUUGCUACAAUGGCUUUUUGAGAGUAAGUAUAGUAUUUGGCCCUCUCAUUUGAUGUGAAUUCGCGAUGACGAACAUCUGCCGAACUAGAUUUGCAGAAUAUCCAGUAGUCGUAGUGGUGACGCUAGUAAAACUUUCAGUUUAAAGACACUGUAUUUAAUGAUUUAAUAAGA